UGCUUUUUGUAGGCACUGUAUUAUUGUUUCAUUUAUUGCAUUGAAUUCAUGCACAUUUGUGAGUUUAUUACUGUUGAGUUAUUGUUGGAUCUCUUACGGCUGUCCUACCUUGAACAGCCUUCUGUUAAUGGAGUCUGCCUGGAGUUUCCUUUUCCUGAAUAAGGGAUCUAUGCAUAGCAUUGUUGGCUGAGGCUGUUGAUUUUGCCUGUAUAAACGAAGCUGGCUACACUACUUAGUGAUAGAAAAUGCUAAAUAAAUGUUAGCUAGAAAUCAAGGACGUCGUCCGACACCUCAAGAGUGUGACUUGAUUCUUUGCAAGUAUCAGGUACGCAUUGAAAUGCCAACAGUUUUUUUUUUCUUCCCUCUGGGACAAACAGCACAAUAACAGUACUGUUUAAGCAGCGUUUUACUGUGCAAACUGUUCAACAUACCAGCAUUAGCUCAGUGGAAUGGUUCCUAACCUGGAGCGACAAGAUAAAUGACAAGGGAGGGGAGAUAAAUCUGACUUGGGGUGAGAUUAAUGGGAAGGGAAAGAAGAAAUUCUCCUUUACAAAUUUUUGAUAAGUUCCCUUUGACUUUUCUCAGAUCUCUGUGGGGAUUGCUGGAUAACUUGAUUUGUCUUUGCCUAGAACAGUUAUUUAAAUUAAACCUUUUGAUCUGGGUCUCUUUGAUGGAACUUUUAACAGCUCGUGGAGAUCUGAAAUGUGUUAAGGAGCUUGAUGGACUCUUCUACAAGAUGACACGAGUGUAAAAAAAAAAAAGAUGUAUUUUAUAUGCUUAUCAUGUUUUCUAUUUUCAUUUUUAUAUCUUCAUUUGAAAUGUAACUUGUAAAGUGUGAGUAAUUUUCCCUUUAAACACUCAAAUAAAACACGAGAACCGUAGGAUUCUCCUGAAGCAAAUGUGCUUUGCUUCCUUUCCUACACUGCCUGUACCCACGUUAAAUAUUCUUUGAGCACGUCGGGCCUGUUCUCCGGAGUUUGUAUUCUACUUAGCUGCUGCUUCCCUGGGAGCAUCACCAUUGGUCCGAACGCAGAGCACGUUCCUCUCUCUGUGACAUUCUUGGCCGCUGGAGCAGAGAGAGCGUAACCUCGAAUUAUUGCUGAAACUCUGGUCCACUGCAAGCCCAGCAGGCAUCUGUGCAGGCUCCGAAUGAGGAUUCAUACUGAGGACAUGGGAGUCACCCAUGGGAAGAAGAGAGAUCUCCAGCAUUUCCCCGGUAGAAGUGAGGCAUGCCGUAAUGGGUCUGCCUCCAUGAUGCAGGCACAUCAGACUGAACAGGAAGACCGAUUCCCAGAGCUUCAGGCUCAUCCAUGCCAACUACAGCACGAGGGGGAGGGGAGUAAUCUAAUCAGACCCCCAAAACCUCUCAGUCAUUUAAUUGCUUCCAAGAGCCACCAGGAGCUCCACAAAGAACUGCGGAUGGCCCACAAGAGGAGAGUGUCUCAGGAAGGGAAGACCGAACUCCAGAGGGCUCUGGAAAAGAGGAAAUGGGAUCAAAGGGUGAAGGCAAGCAGGGACCAGGAGGAGGCAAAGAAGAACACAUCCCCUCUUCAUCAAGAGCUGCUGAAAAGACGCCGCAGGCUUGAAAAGCUGGAGAGAGACGAGAGACACAAGCAGGAGGAGCCCGAGUUCCUCCAAGUCAAAGAGAGACUGAGGAGAACCGCAGCGCUGGACGGGGGAGGAAAACAAGUGUGACAGAUAAGAGCACGUUGACUGUCGUCACCGGAGUAGACCGCUGGGAAUAAGAGACGCUGGGAUUAGAUGUUAGAGCUUAAGUGCCUUCCACGGUGAAUAGAUAAGGCUGCUCAGUAUUCACGGCGGAGGCGACACCUUCCGGUCAGGUCGAGGCAUGUCAUCCAUUUGUGGUGCGAGUUGCUGACUUUAAAGGUGCAAGGAGAAGUGAAAAAGAAUGAUAUCAUGAUAAGAUAAUAUAAUCUGAAUGUUCACCUGAAUGUUUAAUGUCUGUGUAUGUGGCUUUUUCUCUAACAAUGCAAAUGAAAUUCACAUAAUAAUGGCAUCAAUUAGGAAUGUUAGUGCUUAUUAUUUUAUCUUUAAUAUAUUUGACUACGAAUCACGUACAUGUUCUGAGGUUCCCCGAUAUGACGUCUGAUAAUCAAUGAACACUGGCUCCUGCUGUAACACUCCUUAACUGUGUGUUUUUUUUAAACCUGCAGUAUUUCCUUUACAUUAUAUUGUACAUGUGCUGAUUGUGUCGCAUACCGUUCACUUAGAAGGACCAUGAAAUGAGUAGGUAAAUAAGUAAAGGUGCAAAUAUGUGAAAUAAUUCAUAACUUUAUUGUCUGUACGUGUUAUUUCAUGGGUCGAACCCGUUUCACUGUUUCACCUUUUUACUGCAUUUAAAAAUAAAGUCACAGAGAAAUGACAGAA